UUUAUUUUUUUUUUUUUUUCAUUUCAUUUAUUUUAUUUUUUUUUUCUUGUUUCACGAUCAAAGAGAUGCCAACAGACAAAUUCAUAGCAGACAGUGACGAAGAAGUUGACAAGGAAUAUAAGCCUAGUAAGAAACAAGAAACUGAUGAUAGUGAAGAGGAAUUUGUAGAGGAGAAUACAGAAAAGGGAAAAUCUCCUGAUAAUAAAAAAAGAUUAAGAGAAGAGGAAGUAGAGAUAAUUCGUGAUGAAGACGGAAAUCCUAUAUUACCGCUAACAAAUAAGAGAAGAGUUAUUGUUCGUCAAUUCCCUUCAGGUGAUGCUGCUAUUGAUAUUCGAGAAGUAUAUCAAGAUAAAAAUACUGGAAAAAUGCGUCCUGGCAAAGGUAUUUGUUUGCCUAUGGCUCAAUGGACAAAGUUAAAAGAACUUUUACCUGAAAUUGAUAGAAUUAUUGAAUCGUUGCCUUCAAAGAAGCAGAAAUAAAUUAUUAAUAAGCUUGCUUGCUUUUCUCUUCUUUUUUUAUAUAUACAUAUAAAAGAAAUCUGAUUUAAUGAUUAUA